AUGGCUUCUUCAAAUUCACCUACUCGGUGGCUUCAUAAAUUUGAGGAACACGGAGCUGCUGUCAAGGCAUUGGCCUGGUGUCCUUAUCAGGCUAAUCUAUUGGCUUCUGGAGGAGGUGACGGUGAUCAAUGCAUUAAGAUGUGGAACACACAAACAGGUGCAAGGUUGAAAUCUAUUGACACGGGAUCGCAAGUAUGUUCUCUGCUAUGGAACAAGAACGAACGUGAGCUUCUUAGCUCACACGGGUUCCCUCGGAACCAGCUUAUCCUUUGGAAGUAUCCUUCCAUGGAAAAGAUGGCGGAGCUCAACGGUCACACCUCAAGGGUGCUGUAUAUGACACAGAGUCCAGAUGGGUGUACCGUGGCAUCUGCAGCAGCAGAUGAGACUCUUAGAUUUUGGAGUGUUUUUAAAGGCCCAGCAACAGACAAAUAUAAUGAGCCGUUUGCAAAUUUCAACCUUAUCCGUUAA